GAGUGGGAUGUGCUACUGGCUGCCGAUUUUGAUGCCCCUCAGACCAACGCAGCCUCCAGCGAUUGGCAGAGCGAGAAGCUUCGAAGAAAGCAGCUGAAUGAAAAGAACAAGCAGUUCAUCGAGCAGUAUGACAGGAAGCUACAGCAGCUUGCCGAGCAGGUGAAAGUAAAGCGCGGCCGAAGCACGAAGAAGUUAAAGGAGGCUGAGGAGGAAAAGGGGUCGCCUGACGGCGCAUUGGAGGGUGAGCAGGAAGAGGAUCAGGACGAGAAGGAGGAAAUGGAGCCAGAGGAGGAAGAGCCCUCUGAACCCUUCGAAGAGCCAACUGGACUCGCCCUCCGGGAGGAGGUCGAGGAGGUUGUGGCAUGUUUGAAGCAGCACCCGCAGUUUGACAUGAAUCGGCGCAACAUUUGGAUCUUGAAGCCUGCAAACAGCUUGCGCGGCCACGGCAUAAUUGUGGAGAACGACCUGGAUAGAAUUUUCCAGCAAGCGCGCAACAAGACUUGCACGUACGUUUGCCAGAAAUACAUUGAGAAUCCGCUGUUGAUCGGCGCCCGGAAGCAUGACCUCCGGCAAUGGGUGCUGGUUACCUCCCUGAAUCCGCUGACCAUCUACUUCUACAGUGAGUGUUACAUUCGCAUUGCGGCGAACGAGUACACUCUCAAUGACUUUGCCGACCGCUUUACACACCUGACCCACACCAUCAUUAUGAAGCACCAUCCGAAUUUUAAUCCGGAUGAUGAGGAUUGGCGAUGCCAAUGGACUCAGGAGAGAUACCGGCAACUCCUGCAUGAGACAGCUGGCCGUGAUGUUUGGACCGAGAAGGUGCGGCCAGCUAUGCAGCAGGUGGUCAUCGCCUCGUUGCAGAGUGUGGCCGAAGUCUUGUCCAGGCCUCAAAACAGCUCGUGCAGCUUCCAGCUGUUUGGCUAUGACUUCAUGGUGGAUGUCGACUACAACGUGUGGUUGUUGGAGGUCAAUGACAUCCCUAUGAUGCAAGCAGCUGGACCGGUCACCAGCCGCCUUUGCGACGCUUGCGUCCGCGAUGCAAUCAGCGUGGUCAUGGAUGAGCCAUCCCCAGACAG